AUGGAUCCCGGAGUUCCAUCACAUGCAUCAGAGUGGUCUUUCUUGGUCCAACUGCGACGUCCACGUACAUCACUUUUCGAUGAGAACUUGGGGUUAUUGCAAGCAGUACUUGUGGCAUCCUUGUCUAUGGUCAUGUAUGUUGUCCUUAAGUUGUUUCAUGGAUUUCUGACGUUUGGAGCACAUACAUUCUUUUCAAUAAUACCACAGAAGGUAUUUACACAGACGUGGAAGAAUAUUCACAUUUGUUGUUGUCAGUUUCUUUAUUGGCCAGUCUUUAUUCUGGGUACUGGUUUCAGAGAGCAAUCAAAUAUUGAAUAUGCACAUAUGACUGCACUAAGGAAGCACUCUAUCUCGUCUAGCGUUGCCAUUGAUGUGAUUAUGGGAAAUGUUUUUGGAAUGGUAGUAUUAUCUGCCAUCGAAUAUGUUUACUCUGGGACUCUGUUUAUUGCUCAGAAUAUAACCGACAAUUUGUUGAACUCUCGUUGUGUGCGGUUGAUGGGAGUUCCAGCAGGCUUUAAACUGAACAUGGAACUAGCAGAGCUUCUUGGCAUGGUGUCACUCAAUGCAAUUCAAAUUUUAUCUACCUUGUGGUUCUUUCUGGGUUUCCUUUGGUGGCAUUACAUCAAAGGCCUUGCGUUUUCUGGAAUCAUUUUAGGCUUGACUGUUCCUGCUGCUCUAUGUAUAGACAUGCUUAAAGUUGCAACAUUGCACGUACAAACACUGCAUUGGUUGAUGUCACUUCUGUAUUCACAACAAAUCCAGGCUUUGGCUUCUUUGUGUGUACAAACACUGCAUUGGUUGAUGUCACUUCUGUAUUCACAACAAAUCCAGGCUUUGGCUUCUUUGUGUCGCCUUUUUAGGUUAGCUCCAUCUUAG